AUCACAAACACAGGAAUCGCGAAUCUGAAUAAAGGCCAUUAAAGAGAAGAGCUGCUUGCGGAAGAGGCUAACCAACCCCAUUGUUCAAUGUUCUGGCGCCCAGCGAUUGCUUAUGAGAGGAAUAUCUUGUAAGCGACCAGCUACGUUAACGACCACGGGCUUUGACUGUAUAAAAAUACCGUGUACUCUCUAGAUGAAUCCUUAGCGACCGCAGGUGUGCGUGGCGACUUACAUACAAUCAAUAUCAGCAGGGGAGUAUGCAUCAGCAUAAAUUGAGAAUUUUCGCGACAAGCUAGCCAUCUCCCAAGUAUGUGAGUGAAUGAUAUGUUAACUUAAUCACGAGUCUUUCAUGCUGGAAUAUAUAAUAGGCUUCCAUCUUUCAUAACAACACUUUGAAAAUAAUUAUUGCAAAAUCCAGAGGAUGCAAAUAUACACCGAGUUCAUUGUGGCGUGAAAGAAGCGAGUACUUUGAUGGAAUCUUUUGUUUGCAGUUAUGAUAAUAUCUGUCUAACGUCGAAUAUUUGAAUUUGAGAACAGAAAUAGUCUCAGGGCAUUGACGAAUUCGAGGCUUUUCAAACGAAAGGGUGCAAAUUGCAAGUUAUUGUUGUUUUGAAGUGUUUACACGCAUAAAGAUAAGGACGAAGACGCGACUAAAAAGGAAAUGGAAUGGAAAAACACCAAGGCUGUCACACAAACCAAAACGUUGGUCAUCGUUCUAAUAUUAAUUGCGUUUACUGCAUUCUAUGGACUGCUUUCAAAGUUUGAAACAGCCCCAUUAAGGCGACUGAGAAUAAAGCCUGUUGUAUAUGGCACAUCAAUCAAGCAAAACAGAAACACUACAACAGACAGAAAGCUCGUGCUAUUCUAUACUGCGUUCUUUGGUGACAUGUCUUGGGGCGAACGUGUUAUGAAUAAUCCGAAUGCCGAAUGUCCAUACCAAUGCCGAACGACUAAUGACAAAACGCUGUUUGCAAAAAGUAGUGCAGUGAUAUUUCACGCAAGAGAUAUGCCCUCUGUGACGACACUUAAUGAUUUAAUGAGAAAAAAACCCGUCACCCAAGUCUGGGUUUACUGCAGCAUGGAAAACCCUAUUUACACCCCUCCUACAUCACCGUUAAAUAACAUGUUUAACUGGACAAUGACAUACUCCUCCAAAUCAGACGUAUUUUUCCCAUACGGUCAAUAUAUCGCAUCGCCUUCUCCGUCUAUUGCGGACGAUUUUACAAAAGGAAAGGACAAGCUAAUCGUCUGGGGGGUGAGCCACUGUAAGCUUCUUCGAGAUCAGGUAGCACAAAAACUUUCGGAGUAUCUUCCGGUUAACAUCUACGGUGGCUGUGCAUCGAUGUUUCCUAAACGACACCGGGACGGUACAACCUGUCCACGUUCUAGUCAGCAGUGCGAUGAACUCUUGCGUCGCUUCAAGUUCGCAUUGAGUUUCGAGAAUGAAGAAUGUCCCGACUACGUCACCGAAAAAUACUGGCUUCCGAUAAUCCGUGGCAACUUGCCCAUUGUGUUGGGAGAAGGAAUCAAUGAUGAUGUUGCCAUUCCAGGGUCUUAUAUUAAUAUUAAGGACUUUCCAAAUAUCAAAGCAUUGUCGGAAUAUAUCAAGUAUCUGGAUAAGAACCAUACAGCUUACAAUGAGUAUUUUCAAUGGAAGAGAAAAUACAAAAUAAACUCGAAGGCUUGGGCGGGAUGCGAUUUGUGUAAGUUGUUGCACACACGAAAAAGUCCUAAGGUUUAUGAACAUCUUGAUCAUAUCUGGAACAGGGGCAUGUGUAAUAGGGAAUCUAAGAAGUUACUGGAUAUAAUUAACGCGAAAGAGUAGAAGCUUUUCAAAGAGGCAAUGUCAUACUUUUCUAGACUAUUUAUAUUUAUCAAAAGGAUGAUAAAAAAAAAAACAAUAUACACCUAUUUCAAAUAAGUUGACAAUUAUUCGUUUGCAUCCUACAUGACGUCUAGAAGCUUCAGAAUUUUUUUAAGAAUUUAAAAAAAAAAUUGUACACCGAAUAAACAUACGUUUACAUGGAAGAGAAUGAUUAGUUUAACAAGUUCACAAAGUUUUAAAUUGGUGCGAUAAAUUGCGCCCGAGAUAUAAGCGAUCGAAGUUUCGAAUCGCUUCAGUUAAAUGUAUUGCGCCGCCAAAGGGUCAGAACGCAGCUCUUACAAGCUGCAAUUUGAUUGGGCAAAUGAACAAUAUCAGCUCCUCGACACAAAGAACUCCUUUGAAGAACAACGAUAAUAGAAGACAAAGCAGCUGCGUACUUACUCGAUUGAUGCACCACAGACAAGACAAUGGGAAACAAAACAACGGGAAUACAAUAGAACAAUAAGUUAAUCUAGCCAAUCCUGUUAGGCCUUACGAGCGGGCUGCUACAUGACUGGGUAGAUUGCUCUUACCUACCAAGAUGGCGGCGGAACCAACAAAUGCCUUACGCUUCUACGAAUAACAACAAAUGUUCCACCCAAAUAUCUCUCUUGUACUAAAAGAUAUCACCGUAAAAAACAUCUGAAUGAUUUUAAGUGUAGAAAUUUGACUGUCAAAAUAAACGUUCCUUGCAGCCAACUGUUGCUGGUUGACUCAAGUUACCGAUUUUUCCAGAACAAAGUGAAAUAAAUCUUUGCAUUAAAGUA